ACCGAGCCCUCCCGCCUCCCCAAUUGCAGCACGAACCCGUCGCAGCGCAUCCCGGCCCCCAGCUCCACGCAGCUACACGCUCCCUCACAGCGCGGCCGUCUCGCUCCUCAUCUGCAGCACACACACACACGCCCGCAAUGGCUUCAAAGUUCCUCCGCGAGUACAAGCUGGUCGUCGUCGGCGGUGGUGGCGUGGGAAAGUCGUGUUUGACCAUCCAGCUGAUCCAGAGCCACUUCGUCGACGAGUAUGACCCGACCAUCGAGGACUCGUACCGCAAGCAGUGUGUCAUCGACGACGAGGUCGCCCUGCUCGACGUGCUCGACACAGCCGGCCAGGAGGAGUACUCGGCCAUGCGCGAGCAGUACAUGCGCACCGGCGAGGGCUUCCUGCUCGUCUACUCGAUAACCGACCGCCAGAGCUUCGAGGAGAUCAUGACGUUCCAGCAGCAGAUCCUGCGCGUCAAGGACAAGGACUACUUCCCCAUGAUUGUCGUCGGCAACAAGUGCGAUCUUGAGGGCGAGAGGCAGGUGUCGACACAGGAGGGCCAAGACCUUGCACGGCAAUUCGGCUGCAAAUUCAUCGAGACAUCGGCCAAAUCGCGCAUCAACGUCGACAACGCCUUCUACGACAUUGUACGAGAAAUCCGCAGAUACAACAAGGAAAUGUCUUCCUACACAGGCGCGCCAGGCGCAGGCGGCCAAGGCACCAACGGCGUCGCCAAGAUGGGCGUCGAAGAGGAUUCGGGCGACAAGGGCUGCUGUUGCACAGUCAUGUAAGAGGAAGCGCGGAGCUGUUAUUUGUUGUUGUCCUAUUGAUGUUGUUGUUGUUGCCGAUUGUCGCGCAUGUCGUCGCGAAGAGAAGGAUACCUAGCCACCUCCUCCCUGGCUGCUGAGGGCCAAGAUGUGGCCGCUAGAGGGAAAGAUGCGAUACCAUUAGCACAUUACUGUCAGUUUAACUCUUGGCUUCAAGGGUUCGGUCGCCAUCCCAGACCCACCCCCCAGUCAACCCU